UCUUCCAUUGCUUGCAACGCAUUUCGAUAGCUUAGAAUUCUCCAAGUCUGAUCUCUUCACUACCUACUUAGAUGGCAACCUCAGCUACAAUGCAAUCCAUCUUGUCGAGCAAUUUGAGUACCCGUCUGACAAACAGACCCAGGGUGAACCAGUUUCUUCCCAAUGCUAAUGUGCUCCGUUUGCCGAGAAACACUUGGAUGAGGGUGCGCUGCACGUCUGAGGCAAACGAGGAGCAGCAGACCUCACCACCACCUACACCACAGCCACCCAAGGUCAGUACGAGGUUCUCGGACGUGCUGGCAUUCAGUGGACCGGCACCGGAGAGGAUAAACGGCAGGCUAGCGAUGAUCGGCUUCGUCGCGGCGAUGGCGGUGGAGGUAUCAAGGGGGCAGGAUCUGUUCGCGCAGAUAUCAGAUGGUGGGAUCCCAUGGUUCUUAGGAACCAGUAUUUUGCUGUCGUUUGCAUCUCUGAUUCCUCUGUUCAAAGGGGUGAGCGUGGAGUCGAAGUCAAAGGGGUUGAUGACCUCGGAUGCUGAGCUUUGGAAUGGGAGGUUCGCCAUGUUGGGUUUGGUUGCACUUGCCUUUACUGAGUUUGUAAAAGGAGGAACCAUAGUGUAGGCCUUUCUUUCUCCACCAUUAAUUAAUACAAGUGAUGAUCCCAUGUAAUUUUUUUCUUUUCUUUUUCCUUUUUUUUUUUUUUUUUAUGGGAUCCCAUGUAAUUCUAGAAAGUGGGAAGCAAGUGAUAAUUUUUAUAUAAUAUAAUUUAUUACUUGUAUGAUC